CCGGACGCAAUUUCACAAUCUGCAAUAUUACACCCAGACUCCAGAGACAGGAAUCUGCCACUUUGGGCAUCACCGACGCACUCCGGAUGCGAUAGCCGCCUGUGGUAGUCGCUUGCACCAUGGCUACGAAUGGCGCGCGGAAGGGCUCCAUGGACUCCAGAUCUGGCCUGCUGAACGGCGACGCUAUCAAAGAUGUUGUCAAGUUCGAAAACAAGAAAUUCACUCUCAAGAUCAAGAAGGCUGCGCCAAAGCCGACGGAAGCUGGAAACUGGAAAGAGAGCGACGCAAAGAAUGCCGACAGUAAGCCCUCCGCGACUGGCUCGCCUGUCGUGAACCCUCUCGACGAGAAGACACUCGCUGGAUUCCAAAGCGGCCGCCCCCUUGACGACAAGGUCGACACGAUACAAUGCAAGCACUGCCGCCGACCCAUACUCCGCGCUGCAUCAGCGACCCACAUCCGCGACUGCUUGAACAAGAAAGCAGACAAACAGCGAAAGAAGAAAGAGGCCAAGGAAGCCAAAGAUGCAGCACUCAGGAAAGAGAAGGGCGAGGACGACGACGAUAUUCGGGCCAGGAAGUCUGCUAUCAAAGGUCUCGAGCCUGGCGCAAAGAAGGGCAAGAAACGCAAGGUCGACGGUGAUGCUGAGAAGCCCGGCGCAAAGAAGAAGAAGAAAGACGAGCCCAAAGCCAAGGGCGCGAAACCCAAGGGACCAGUGGAUGUGGAGAGGCAAUGCGGUGUUCCACUCCCGAACGGUGGCUUCUGCGCACGAAGCCUGACGUGCAAGUCCCAUAGCAUGGGUCUGAAGCGUGCAGUACCAGGACGCAGUCUGCCUUACGACAUGCUUCUUGCACAGUACCAGAAGAAGAACCAAGCCAAACAGCAGCGCGCCGCAAUCGAUGCAAACGCCCCUCUCCCCGAAGACAUCGAGCCUCCAGGCGCUGUCGACUCAGACGAAGAGAAAGACGCCAUCAUGGCCGCCCUUGCUCGCCACAAGCCCCGUCCGAUUGCAACAUACACCCACGUCUCCCAGCGCUCCAAAUACCAAUACAUCCGCAUGAAAGACAUGAUCCGUUCUGCCUUAGGCGCACCACCUGGCGCUUCGCCAUUCGGCAACCCACCCAACGCGACGGAUGGCAGUGGCAUGGGCGGCUUGAGACUAGGACUCAUGGGCGCCCCGCCGAGUGCAACGAGCGAGAACUUCCCCGGGAGUGCGGGCAUGGGCGGAUUCCCGAUGAGUGCGGGUCUGGACGGGAGCAUGAGCAGGAGACAGAGCGGUAUAACGUCCAGCAGCGGCAACGGUCCAAGACAGAUUCUGCCCGGCCAGUUGCCUGGGCCUGGUGGGCAGAGGAAGAGUAGUCUGAGUGUUGGCGGGCCUUAGGAGGGCCCCGAGAGGCUGUCAGGGGGCAGCGGAUGUAAUCGUGACGAACUGGUGAUCUGUCCGCACGGGUGCAUCAUAGGGGUGCAUAGUGGGGAUUCCACCUCGGACAAGUGAAGCGCGAGAUGUGGGUGCAGUGAGUUUGUCUUCUGUCCCGGAUGUUUGGCCCAGAUCGAGGGUUGUUGGUGUGAGGCUGCAGACCGAAGGAGUGUUUGGGUGGGUUUUCAGGGCAUCGCAUGGGUAUGGUCAGGAUAGGGCUGGGUUCGGUGUUUGGGAGUUAGCAAGAUACCCGGUAUUCAAUUGUCCAGGCAGGAAAUGAGAAUGGAACAUACGUCGUCCAGGAUACAACGACAAUAGAAGUGCACUUCC